UUCUUUAACGGCACCCUACAGUACAAUGACUUUUAUUUUGCUUCUGAUGUUCCUGCAGGUUACUGAUGGUCUGCCCUUUUCCAGGCCUUUGGAAUCAAACAGACCUCUUCUAAAGCACAUGGAUAUUAUUGACAUAAACCAAGCUCUUGGUUUGGAUCUUUUUGAGGGAGACAUCAAAAUUGAUCAGAAAAAUGGAAGAAAUUCAAUUACUGGAGAUCAGUAUAGAUGGCCCUUAACCAUACCAUAUCACCUGGAAAAUAAUCUAGAGGUUAACGCAAAAGCUGUCAUCCUUAAUGCAUUUGAAAGGUUCAGACUCAAGACAUGUAUUGAUUUUAAACCAUUGGAGGGCGAAACAAAUUAUAUUUCUGUAAUCAAAGAUAAUGGCUGUUACUCUUCUGUUGGCAACCAACGUAAAGGAAAGCAAAUUCUCUCUGUUGGAUCUGGUUGUGAUAAAAUAGAAAUUGUUCAACACGAAUUCCUCCAUGCCCUCGGAUUCUGGCACGAACAAUCAAGAUCAGAUCGAAAUGAUUAUGUCACUAUUGUGGUGGAACAGAUUGAAUCUGACAACUUACACAAUUUUAACUUAUAUGAUGAUGAGCAUACAAGUUUUCUAAAUGUCCCAUAUGACUAUACAUCAAUAAUGCACUAUGACAAAAACGCAUUCCAGAUUGGUUCUGAGCCAACCAUAAUAACAAAGAAUCCUGAGUUCAGAGAUCUGAUUGGCCAAAAAAUGGAUUUUAGUGAACGUGACAUUGCAAAGUUAAAUCAGCUCUACAACUGCACAACUUCUUUAAGUUUCUUGGAUUCAUGCACCUUUGAGCUUGAAGAUAUCUGUGGCUUUCUGCAAAGUUCAGAUGAUGAUACUGAUUGGGAGCGGGUUACCUCUGUGCCGGCUGGGCCUGACUCUGAUCAUACAUACUUAGAAAACACAAAAGCUACUGGCUUCUUUAUGCACUUUGGCACAGCCACAGGUAUAGCUGGGCGUAAGGCAAUACUAGAAAGCAGACUUUUCUAUCCAAAGAGAGGAUUUCAAUGUUUAGAGUUCUUUUAUUAUAAUAGUGGCCACGUAAGUGAUCGUUUGGAAAUAUGGAUUAAAGAAUACAAAACGACUUCAUCCGAUGGCACUCUAAAAUUCAUCAACAGUGUAACAGGAACACCAGCUAAAUACUGGCAGCUGCACCAUUCUUCUUUAAAUGCAGCAACAAAGUUCAGGGUUAUUUUUUAUGGAAUCAAAGGAACCGGAAGUUCCAGCGGUGGCUUUUCAAUAGAUGACAUCAAUUUAUCAGAAACUGAAUGUCCUCAGUAUGUUUGGCAUAUUCACAAUUUUAAUCAUAAUUCAUCUCGGGAAGGGAUUCGUAGUCCUCCAUAUUACUCUACAGAUGGCUACGCAUUCGAGAUUUAUUUAUGGGAAUAUGAAACUGCAACUUCGCCUUUUAACUUAGCCGUUUAUCUACAACUGAUUUCUGGAGCUAAUAAUAACAAUCUACAGUGGCCUUGCCCGUGGAAACAGGUUACCGUAGAGUUAAUGGAUCAAAAUCCAAAUAUUAUACAGCGUAUGUCAAAUGCAAAGAGUAUUACAACAGAUCCAACUAAACUUUCAGAAGAUUCUUCUUACUAUGUCUGGGAUAAUCCUGAAAAGAUUGGGUACCACGGUAGGUUCCCUAACGGAACCUCUUACAAGAUUGGUCCAUCAGAGGGAAAGUUUUUUUUUAAUAUGAAAGAAUGGUUUUACAAAAGAGAAUUUCUAAAAGGAGGAGAUGCUUUUGUUCACAUAUCAAUGAAAGAUGUGUCUCACCUAAGGGAUUCCCCACCCACUCCAAACCCAGAACUGUGUACCCAAAAUAUCUGUCAGAACGAUGGGAUCUGCAUUAUAGAAAACCAACAGCCUGUGUGCAGGUGCAAAGUCUCUGGUGAUUUUUGGUAUGUCGGUGACAGGUGUGAGAAUAAAGUCCCCAACAAAACCAGUGACCUGAAGAUGUCUCCUUUUUCUGCACUUCUUGUGAUCAUAACAACCUUUGUACUCGGUAGUGUUGCCUGAGCACUACAUAAAUUGUUACAAUGGGGCUAAUUAAAGACAAAUUGUAUACAACAGUGGUUACCAACUACAGUCUUCAGUAGCUCCAGCGGUCCAGUGGUUCAAUUCCCAAAUGCCCAUACUGACCUUUAAUUAGCAUGUGUGGAGUGACUGGUUGUGUGGACCGCCAGUGCUUUAUCUAUGAGAUUAAGGAAUUUAUGAGAUUGAAACAGGAAA